UCCAAACCCUCCACUACUCCCCUCACUCCUUCACCGUUACUUCAAGGCUAUUUCCGGCUGUACUCCGGCGAUAAUACAACUAUACAUAUAUAGUAAGAAAUAGGAGAAAUGCCGACCAGCUAUGACGACCAUCAGCAGAAGAAUCGGGCGCUUUCGACCCGAUUGCUCGAUCCGGGUGAAGUAGCAGUAGAAGAAAGGGCAUAUGAUACUUCCGAGAAAGUCCACGUAAUCGGAGUCGACGAGCCUGAAGCAGAGGACGACUACACCAAGACGCCGCCAUUUUCAUGGAAGAAGCUCUGGCUCUUCACCGGACCCGGAUUUCUGAUGAGCAUCGCCUUUCUCGACCCCGGGAACCUGGAGAGCGAUCUCCAGGCAGGUGCGAUUGCGGGGUACUCCUUGCUGUGGCUGCUCCUGUGGGCCACGGCUAUGGGCCUUCUGGUCCAGCUCCUUUCGGCCCGGCUCGGGGUGGCCACCGGAAAACACCUGGCGGAGCUCUGCCGGGAUGAGUACCCCAGGUGGGCCAGGCUUCUGCUGUGGAUCAUGACUGAACUUGCCCUGAUUGGGGCUGAUAUCCAGGAGGUGAUUGGCAGCGCUAUUGCCAUCAAGAUUCUCAGUAAAGGGUUCCUGCCUCUCUGGGCUGGUGUUGUGAUUACUGCUUCCGACUGCUUCAUCUUUCUAUUUCUUGAGAACUACGGUGUGAGGAAGUUAGAAGCACUUUUUGCUGUCCUUAUUGCUGUUAUGGCACUCUCUUUUGCUUGGAUGUUUGGGGACACAAAACCCAGUGGUGUUCAGCUUCUUCUUGGUGUUUUGAUCCCAAAGCUUGGCUCCAAAACAAUAAAGCAGGCAGUGGGCGUUGUGGGGUGCAUCAUCAUGCCUCACAAUGUAUUCCUACAUUCUGCUUUAGUUCAAUCUAGAGAUGUGGACACCCGCAAGCCCGGCAGAGUCCGAGAAGCCAUAAACUACUACUCGAUUGAGUCGGCAGCCGCCCUUGCGAUUUCCUUCAUCAUCAACCUGUUUGUCACAUCUGUGUUUGCCAAGUCAUUCUUUGGAACUGACCAGGCUAACAGCAUUGGGCUGGGAAAUGCAGGGCAGUUUCUUCAGGAUAAGUAUGGUGGUGGGUUGUUUCCCAUUAUGUUCAUAUGGGCUAUUGGGUUGUUGGCUGCAGGGCAGAGUAGUACUAUCACAGGUACCUAUGCUGGGCAGUUUAUUAUGGGAGGCUUCCUUCAUAUGAGCUUGAAGAAAUGGCAAAGGGCAUUGAUAACAAGAAGUUGUGCUAUUAUCCCAACACUGAUUGUUGCACUCGCCUUUGACACUUCUGAGGACUUGUUGGAUGUUCUAAAUGAGUGGCUCAAUGUUCUUCAGGCAAUCCAAAUCCCAUUUGCUCUCAUUCCCCUUCUUUGUUUAGUCUCAAAGGAACAGCUCAUGGGUGUUUUCACCAUUGGCCCUAUUCUCAAGGUCAUAUCAUGGCUAGUAGCGAUCUUCCUGAUUGCAAUCAAUGGGUACCUUAUGGUAGACUUUUUCUCCUCAGAAAUUAGAGGAGUGGCCUUUUCUUCUGCCAUAUUCACAUUCACAGCUGCAUAUAUUGCAUUCAUAAUAUACCUUGUUUCACGGGAACUGCCAUUUUCCAAGCCUAGGAAGGAAGCAUCCCAAUUGUAGGGAAUUUGUUCAAGAAACCCUUGAUCAUCAGUCAAAAGUUGUGCUUUGCUGAAUGCUGACCAAGUGGGAUAUAUUGGAUAAGGAAGAAAAUUUGGGCCCUGAAAGCUACUUAUUAUUAUAUAUAUUAGCCUGUACGGCUAGCAGUAGCAUGGUAUGUUGAGUGCCUUUAUAGAGCCCAAAUGUGAAGAAAUAAAAUCAUUUGAAUCAUUAGAUCCCUUUACUGGGAGUAAUACUAGCAGUCCUUUCCCCUUUUUUGUUUUUCAUUUUUGGUGGAGUAAGGUAAAUUUAGAUGUGACUUUGAGUAGGGAAUUCCACUGAUGUAUUCGCUCAGGUAGGCGAUUUCCUUAAGUGUGUCAUGUUAGCUAAUGAAAUUCAGCUGAAAUAUGUAUGAUUUGUAAUGAACUAUUAAUUGGCAUUCAAAUGAAGAGUUCUUACGUAUGUAUUUAUUAUUUUAUUUAUCUAUUUAUUUAGUGCAAUUCAAGUCAAUAGCAUUUCAUCAUU